UCAGCUUUAUAAACCCACACUCGACUUCGUUCACUCAGACUUUCUCUCUUGCAUCCUCACUGGUCCUCAAAGAUCAAAACAACCAUCACGAUGAUGAACAAGCCACUGCUCCUGCUGGUCGCGCUGACUUUCUGCUGUUGCAUCGCGUCUCUGCAUGGUUUUACUUUAAAUACCUGCCGCUGUAGAAAGACGACCAUGAGACCUGUUUUUGCUAAGAUGGUCAAGAAGAUUGAGGUGACUCCUGUUUCAGGACACUGCCCCCGAACUGAAAUCAUGAUCACUCUGAGGUCUGGUGCUAAGAUUUGUGUCAAUCCAGAGGCCAAGUGGUUUCCGAACCUUCUCAAAACUCUGCAAAAGAAGAACGCCGUCUCAACCCCUGAGUCACGCACUGCUUCAACACCUAGCUUCUGAUCACACGGCAGAUCAAUUCCUCCCUUCAUCAAUCUGAAUUACCUGCAGCAAGCCUGUUGUAUUCAGCACGAAUACAGUUUCAUUUUCUCUAGUGUUAUCCUUUGAUGACAAAGGUGUAAUUCUUAGAAAAACACAUAAUCUAAAUGUGAUUUUUUAUCCUUAAAAUUCUGAUAGAAUUGAUAAAAAUACCUUUAAACUGUGCCACCUUACAUUUGAAGAAUGUACUGAAGAAGAUUGUUGCACACCUUUCACUUUUUUAAUAGUUUGUAUCUGUUACUGUUGCAUUACAUGUGUAUUUGUACUGUUUAAAAAGCUGACUUUUUGUAAUACCCACUGCUAUGACUUCAAUAUGUGUUGUAUCCCUGAAUUUUGACCUUUUUUUAAAAAAAAAAAAAACUUAAAAAUAAAGCACGGACAAGAAGAGUUUUCAAAAAAUGACAUUUUAUUGCCUACAGAGGUUGUGGGUUGUCGGGGGAGUGUCUCUGAAUAUUUGUUUAUAACUGACAGGUGAUGCUCACAUAUAAAAUACAGAUGGAGCCUUUGCAGAAGUCCUCACUUUAUUCAUGUAAAUAUCACAGCUUCAGGCUUUUCUGCACGACUGUUUUUGGGAACCGUGUAGCUUCAGAGGCCAUUUCAUUUCCCACAGUCUAAUGAAGCAGGUUGAAACAUUUUUGUUGACACAUUGGAUUCAUUAUUUAUUUAUAUGGAAUUAUGGAUCAUCUCAGAAAAUAAUUUAAACAGCCAAAAAUUACAUUCAACAUGUUUUUGUUGCUUUAAUUAUCUCCAACAAAUGUAGUUUUUAUUGUAGUCCAAUGAUUAAUCAUCUCAGUUUUUUGAGCAGUUGUGGAGCCAUGACAAAUGUUUCUAAGGAUAAGCUGUGAUAAACACUAAAGACUUCGCUCUAAUGUAAACAGGAUUUACAUAAAUCUAUAUAAAUUAACACUGCGAGAAAAUGACUUCCUGUUUGAGUAUGUUUAUGUUAGAUGAACAUGUAAUCUCCAAAUUUCAUCAGAUUAAAUAACUUUUUACAUAUCUUGGAAUCCUGUGUCUUGUGAAGUUUUCUGCCAGAAUCAAAUUCGUGCCUUUCCUUGAUUUGAAAUCCAUAUUUAAAUUUUAGGAGCCAACAGGAAUUCUACAAAGGAAAGAUCUGCAUUUUUGUCUCUUUUAAUCAGAGGAACUAAGCAGAGAUGACAACGUCACCCACAUUAUUUAAAUUUAUUUUUAUCCGUUUUUUUUUUUUUUACAUUUAAAUGCCAAACAUGAGGCAAACUUUGGCUUUGGUAAGAGCUGUUCACCACAGCUGAAGGUUUUUCUUCCAAUCAGAGGAAGCUGACUGGGUGCUUCCUCCUGCCUGUGGUGGACGCUUGGACUGGAAACCAGUGUGGUGAAGAACUGCAUACCACCUUCACUGAUAAGAUUUAAAUGUGGUUCUUUAAAAACUCUCGAGAGCUAGAGUAGCACCUUUGUUGGUGACUGCUGGUGGCACAAAGACGCACGCCCAGUUUUCAUUCUCUUACCUCACAUUACUAAAACAACAAUGAAAGGCAGAAACUUUAAAAAUACUUUAAUUCAUUUUGCAGAAGUAACAGAAUUGCAUUUCUGGCUUUUGUCAUUUAUUUUAAUUUUCUAAAAUUCGGAUUUGAAAAAUGAAAGUUGCUCUUCAGCUUUGAAAAUCUGUGGAUCUCCUGACUUUAAUUAAUUCUUUCUUAAUUAAUUUUCCACAGUGAAUUAAAGGAGACCGAUUCUGCUUUUUCCUGUCUCUCUGACAUUUCUGUACUGAUCCAAUGUUCAUGCUCAACAUGGCCAAAGUCUCUAAUAAUGAGGUCAGAGUGUGUACAAUACAAGUUCAGGCUUCAGACUGAUACAAACAUCCUGUUUCAGAACAUUUUGUGAUGGCAGAGAAAGUGAAUAUACCCAAUAUGGUCAUCUCAGGCACAGAAGCCCCGCCCACUUGCAGCUGAUGAGGGGCACCCAAUCAGUAGAAACUGGGCUUAAAGGGAGCUAAAAUACCUGAGUUGCUGCAUCAAGGCUAAACAUGAUGUAAAUAAGGAUUACUUUCAAUCCACCUGAAGAUGCUCCAGAGUGGACUGGAUUAGGAACUAAGCAUAAUAGGUCCCCUUUAAUCGAUAUAAUGAACAUACUCGUGCAUAAUGCCAUUUUUCAUUAGUCGUAUUUCUUAAAUUCUGUGUAGAGAUUCUGCAGUGAGCUGGCCUACAGCCAUAAAAUUCAGAGUACAAAUAUGACAAUGAAAUUAAAACGUCUGCUUAACGCUUAAUCCCAAUCCUCUGCGUGUUCCCCCAGUUACUAUCGCCAGGCAUUGUAUUCACCAACAAAGACUAAUGGCCAGUAGCUGAGACAGUUUGAAUUAACAAUGGAACGAAAAUAAAACCAAAUCGACUACAUCAAACAACAGGAUUUCUACAUUCAGAAACUCCAUGUGAUGGUUGUGAUGAUCUUUGUCCAAGGAAACCACAAACAAGUGAGAGUGACCAUUUUACAUAAUGUAACAGAAACUGAAGGGAAAAAAAGUCCUGAAUUCCUCCCACAAUCUCACCACAUGAAAAGUUGGCUUGGAGGGAUGGAAGGAUGGAUCGAAGGGUGUUGGCUGGAUGAUGGUGCUGGGUUAAUCUCUGAGGGUCUUGGUCUCAUGGGCAGUGCUGCUGUUGGAGAAACUGUACAAACUAGGCACAUUGUUUGUAGAAAAAGUGUAUGAGGUGCGUCUACAAGGACAAAAUUAA